AUGCCAAGUCCCAAAGGCCACCGGAGUCACCAAACGGAGAAUCAUCGGAAGCAAAAGUUAGAUAAAAGAUCUACGUCUUUUCACGGUGACAACGUCAUGCCUACCGAUACAAUCCGCCGUCCGAAAACCGUUCCCGAUCUCUUAGCUUAUCGGAACAGUAUGGUUCCGGUAACGGAAGGUCUUCCUAGACAUCCUUCGAAGCUUCUCCUGAAGGUUACCGUUCUCGGAAGCCUUGGUCCUGUACAAAUACUCCUGAAGCCGGAAUCAACCGUCGGCGAUCUCGUGGACGCGGCGGUUCGGCAGUAUGUUAAGGAAGGUCGCCGUCCGAUUUUACUUUCAAACGUAGCCUCUGAUUUCGACCUUCACUAUUCACAGUUUAGUUUAGAAAGUUUGUGUAGAGAGGAGAAACUAGUGAAACUUGGAUCUAGAAACUUCUUUAUGUGUCCGAGAAACACUCCCCAUGCAGCGGAGGGUAUUUCUGGAACUAGCGGUGGCGUAACGCCGUCGUCGUGUAGCAAAGAGGUUGAUAAAGCGCGUGGUGGUGGGGGUGGUUUUGGGUGGUUCAAACUUCUGCAUUUCAGGCUGUAA